GUAUAGAAAUUCCUAUUGCAACUAGAGUUACAAACUUUAAAAACUCAAACCAUAAAUUUGAAAAAAAAAUUAAAAAGAAUAGUAUAUGAAGUAAUUUGUGAUAAAAUUUUUCAAAUGGAGUGUAAAUAAAACUCUUAAACAAAAUUACAACUUUGAUAAGAGAGCCUGAGAUAAGCAGCGGGAAAUUCCCAUCAAAAUUCAAAAAAACCAACCGAACCAGAAGUGAGUUGAGAAUGAGAGGCGGCGGAGGCCAUCGCCGUCCCAAGGACUCCUUCGCCAACCCACAGCCGCCGCCGACGCCGCUGGACCACCAUAAUCCCUACCACCGUCAGCAGCAGCGCGACUCCGACGCGAGCUUCGUCAGUAGCCGCCCCUCCUCCGUCGGCAUCGGCCGCAAUUCAUCCAAUUUCACCUUCGACCAAUACAAAGACCAUCGCUACCAGUCUUCCGCCGUUUCCACCAUCAACGCUUUCCUUUCCUCUCACUCUUCAAAUCUCUUCCUCAAACUCCCAUUUCCCUCCGCCAAAGACAUCACUCAAACCCUAGCUUUCCUCAUGUCCUGUCUCGAUUUCACCUCCUCCAAGCUCGAAGAAGAUCUCCCUUUUGUCUUGAGAUCUAUAAAUUAUCCUCAUAAACUCAACAAAUCGAUUCUGAGAUCUCCCGGAACUCCUCAUCAAUGGCCCACUUUUCUUGCCAUAAUCCACUGGCUGGUCCAAGUCGCCAUGUUUAAUGAUCAUCUGGGGUCUGAUUCGACUUCAUUUGCCGAUCACAACCCGCUGCAUUCUUACGCCCUCGAUAGCUACUCGCAUUACAUUACCGGGGAUGAUGAUUCGGUGGAGAAGCUGGAUCGUGAUUGGCUGGAGAAGUUGGAGAGGGAGAGGGAGAAUUCUGUGGAAGCCACCAAGGCUUUGGAGGCGAAUGCUACUGAACUCGAAGCAAAGCUGGAGGGGUUGAAGUCCGCGCCUUCGCAGAAGGAGGUACUCGAGAAGGAGAAAGGGAUGCUGGAAGAGGAUGUGGUGAAGUUUCAUGAGAUGAUUGGCAAGUUUAAGGAGAAGAUUGCUGAAUUGGAGAGGGACUUGGAGAUGAAAGAGAAGGAAUUGGAGGAGAAAGUUGUGAAUAAGAACAGGAUUUGUGAAGAGAAUGAGGAUUUGAAGAAGAGGGUGCAGCAACAGACAUUCAAUCCGAGGGAUGUGGAGAGAAUGAAGAGGGAAUUGCAGGCAGUCGAGAGGGAUAUCGGGGAGGCUGAGCUUGAAAGGAACUCGUGGGAAGAGAAGUCGUGGGAUCUUGAUGCCACGCUCGGACACAAGUUUAAGGAGCUCGAAACACUAGCAAUGGAAUGCAAUCAACUCAUGAGGAGGUUAAAAAUUGGUGAUGGUUUUCAUUACAACUUGAAUGCCGAUGGCUCUACACCCGCUGAGGUCAUGGGAAUUGACUACAAAUCAACAGUAAAGCCUGCACUUGAAUCUUUUGCUGAGGAUAUAAAGAAAAGUUCGUUGACGAAAUUGGAAGAGUUGAUCUCUAUUCAGCAGCAGUCAAGUGAUAUUGCUGCAAAGAUCGAGGAAAAAAGAAAGACUCUGGCAAGGCUUGAAUCACAAAUCAAUGAAAUGGAAGGUCAACAUCGUUUGUUGGAGAAUGAAACAGACAAGUACACGUUUGAAUGUGCCACAGAAGCCAAAAGAAUGGUGGAAGAUUUAAAGAUGGAGGCUCAUAACUUGGAUGUUGUGGAAAGAGAAGCAGCCGAUAUUCUUAAGACCUCAAAACAGAAGUUGGAGGAAGCAAUAAAACAAAGUGAAGCAGAAAUUCAGAUGUGUGCUUGUGAACUCAUAACACUAGUUGAUACAGUUUCAAAGUUCAAAGAGUAUAUGCGGUCCAAGCUUCUGGAAAUUAAGACCGAUGUCUCGGAAACUGCCACUGCUUUAUCGGAUACUUACAGAGGUUCCUGGCCCCCCCAAUUUGCUGUUGUUCUUGAUGCAAACAAGUAACUUAAAAGAAUGGGAAUACAUUUGUAAGGUAAACAAAAAAGUGGAAAAUUUAUUAUUCUACAAUUCAUGGAAUGUGUUUUUUGCCUGGUGUACUAUCUUUAUUUGUAUAUAAAUGUUUUUAUUGAAUUAGUUGAGUGAUGAAUUUGAUUUCAA